CGCGAAAAGCUGGAGAACUAGCACACACGCUACAUACUAGCGACUGAACAUGGAGACAGCGCGGCUCCUUUAACAACGGCGCUCUCGCUGACUUGUUUAUCGGUGCUCGGUUGCCACCCUGCCAUGAAGAAACACCAGAGCCCCGUUAAGGCGCCAGCGGAAAUGACCGUGCCUGACACCGAGGCCACUGUGCAACAACUCAACGAGCUUUUGUCCAACGGCAGCGGUUUCUACAGUUUACCAGCACAACAUUUCAACGAGGUCUUUCCGAGGAUUUACGUCGGCAACGCAUUUGUGGCCCAGAAUGUGAUGCGUCUGCAGCGGCUGGGUGUGACACACAUUCUCAACGCCGCAGAGGGCAACUCCUUCAUGCACGUGAACACCAAUGCCGAGUUUUAUGCAGGAACCGGCAUCACAUACCAUGGAAUAAAGGCCAAUGACACCGAACAGUUUAACCUCAGUGCCUUCUUUGAGGAGGCGGCCGACUACAUUGAUAAAGGUCUGGCACAUGCAAAUGGAAAAGGAAAGGUGUAUGUUCACUGCCGAGAAGGCUACAGCCGCUCCCCAACUAUCGUCAUCGCUUACCUCAUGCUUCGACACAAGAUGGACGUACGAGUGGCUACAGCUACAGUACGGCACAAGAGAGAAAUCGGGCCCAACGAUGGCUUCCUACGCCAGCUGUGCCAGCUCAACGAAAAGCUAGCCAAGGAGGGGAAGCUGAAGAGCAAAUGAUAGAGAGCCAACACCGUACUCUAUCCCUCUUCAGUCUCCAGUGUCCGUCUAGGGGGCAAAGAUCUUACCAGGCCAGCAGCACCUUCUCUCUCUCUCUCUCACACACACACAGACACACACACACACACAUGCUCUUUCACGCACACAGACAUUCAUAGUCAAAGGCAAAUACAUACAUUACCGUUCAAAAAUUUGGAAUCACUUAACGCAUUGAUAAUCCUCAUUUUAUAUACAGUAAUAAUGUAUACACUGUAGAUUAAAAUGUCAUGAACUGUCAACUAAAAUGUAUUUUUACACAUUUAAUGCAAUAUUUUGAGUAUUUAGGAACAACAAGAAGUUUAUGACAAAAUACUGAAAUGACCUAUUUACAAUACAUUUUUGUCAAGUUACAUGACUAAAGAUUUGAUCACCAGUUUUGAAACACAAGGGGUUAAGGCUUUUCGUAUUAUUAUAACUUAAUUAAUACACAAAAUUAUUAAUGUUGUGUAGCUUUCUUAAUCACUUUAGAAUCAUCUACAGCUCAUGCGUUAUUUUGAAAACAUCAAAAUGUCUUAUUUUGCCCCUUGCUUCAUAUAAGUUGCUUAAAGCCUUUUCCCCUUAGCAUUAAGCAACCUGUUUAAAAAUGAUUUAUGUAAAUGAGCUCUGUUCGGGUUCUUUGUCCUGUAUUGUGCCUCAUUCAAAAAGCACUCCAGACUGAUACUCCUUAUAACUUCAGCAGUCAUGGGCAAGGCUAAACUGCUGUAGGCUGAAUAGGCGUGUAUGGACUGCUUGGAGUGGGGAGUGAAUGUAACAUUUGACACUGACACUUGUCUUUCACAGAAAUUCAAUACUUGUACUUUUACAUAAUUACAUUUACAUGAGAUAAGCUACUUUUUACUUUUUACAGUGAGAAAAGCUACUUUUUACAGGCAAGCGCUACUUUUUACUUCUUAUGUUUUCAUUUGGAAAAGUCUUGUAGGUUUUAUUAUUAAAACAUUCAACCUAUAAUCAUAUCAUCGUAAAAUAAAACUGCCCAUUACUAAGCUAAUUCAUCUUCAGAACCAAUACCAGACAUUAGUCAUCACACCAUAUUACAUACUAUCAUGACAACAUUUAUUUUUAUAUAAUUCAUUAUGUCAUAAUGUUAUGUUUAAAUGAUCAUGUCAAAAUAGUAGUAGGUUAUUUUACUCAAGUAUAUUUAUGGAUCCAUAAUUCCACUUUUAAUUGAGUAAAACCUUGACACUGUAUCCAUGCGUUCACUUAAGUACAGUUUCUCUGUACUUUUUCUACCCCUAGUAUUAGAAUAAUCUUAUACAUAAACUGCAACCAUAUUAUUGGAAACAAGGAUUCCAACCUUUUGAACGGAAGUGCAUUUGCAGAGUGCUCAGUGUGUGCGCAAGAACUUAACAUUACUGAGCACUAAUUGGUGAGCGUGAACACAUAAAUACACAUACAAAACACAUGCACAAAGUGUUGGGUUAACAACAUAUGAAUCUUGUGAUUACCAUUUUGAAUGACCUGCUCUCAUGGGCACUGGUGUUACAGAAGUGAAGCUAAAAGGGGGGAGAGUGUUCAGUGGAUUAAUCUAUAACCUCUCUCUUUUUCUCUGCCUUUUUUAUUUAAUCACCAUUUUUCUCAGUGUCACUUUUUGACCUGUUACACUCUGUGGCCUAAACCAUUCUUAUUGCGGCCUGUUUGUAUGUCUUAUGUCUUCACCUUUUGGAGCUCUACAGCCCAGUCACUUUGAGAGAGUAUAGAUUAGAGCACAGUCGUUCCAUAGUCUCCCACUGCCGGGAAUUUCACGAUGUAUCGAUCCCAUUCCAAUUUGUAUAUGAAGGAAUUUGAUGUUUCACCUCUGUGAAAAAAAGCACCAAAAUGACACUUUUACUCUACUGAAUUGACAGUCUCAUUGUUAGAAUACCUGAUUAGCUCACUGCAACAGACACUACCCAUAGAAGGAAUCUCUGACAGCAGAGAUUUCCAUCAGUGCUCAAGCAUUGUUUGAGUUCAGACUACUGACAGGGUAUCCCAUUUUGUGUUUGUGUUGUUUUUACAAAAAAACAAAACAAAACAGUUUUUUUACAAAACAUGCUAUAUCAGCAAAAUGACUCAGACAUGGGGGAAGAAAAAGGUUUACAUCCAUAUUCAGAAUAGCACGGUCUUGAUUAUGUGCUAACAACUCUCCACCCAUUUACUGAACACAGACCCAUGUAGCUAUAGUUGAGUAAGCAUUGUUCAUUCAGCAUCUUUGCAAAAAUGUAUGCAGCAGUGACCUAGUUCUAUGCCCCAUUGGACCCUUCAAUCCGUUUUUUUGUAGAAUCACACUGCUUGAUAUGCCAGUUACUCACUGCCAAUCCAUUUUGUCCUCCACAAGAUCACAGUCAAGCUUUAGAGAAACCCAAUCACAUUAACUGCCUUUCUGCCUGUAUGUGACACAGUGUCUGUGUGUUUGCUUACAUAAAUCAACACCACUUCAGUCUGGCAAUCCACACUGUAUCAAAAUAUGAAGCCAAGCUUUUCUUGAUAUUGGGCCCUACUGUAAUGUAGGGAAGAGGGUCAGUAGUGAACGUAUCACAAGCUUGAUAAUUACUUCAGCUGAUCUUGUUAUCAGGUUUGAAAUCUGCCCCAAUCUGAGACAUAGAAAAACAAGAGCUGAACAUGACUUUCCAUUGACUGUAAAAGACUACUCAGUUCCUUUGGAGGUAUUCAAAUCUGGAGCUUGAAUCCAGUUUGCGGUCCUGGAUUUUGUAAUCACUGGCAGUUAACAGAACUGUUGAUGUAACUGAGUGGCCAUCUAAUGUCAUACCUACAGCACUGGUGGUCAAAGUAAACAAAUCCAGUACCUAAGUGAAAGUAAAGGUAAUGCACUUGCCUACUUACUUUUCAAUCUACUUUUCAAUCUACUAAGUAUUAAAAGUAAACGUGUUACAAAAUAUUCAAACGAUUCUAUAUUCCUCCUCUUGUGUCUUCAGUUUGGGUGUUAUCUUUCAUUCUGAAGGCUUGUCAGAGUUGCACAGGCCUAGUUACAAUUGGUUGGAAAUUUAGUAUUUAGGGGAGGGAUUUGCUAAGAUUGGUUUGAUUUUAUGUAGAAAAUUUAGUUUUUACUUCACAGUAUCUUUUAACAAGUAGUGGAGGAAAAAGUGUGAUAUUUUACUGUGAAAUGUAGGGGACCGAAAGCAGAAGGAUCAGGAAAUGGAAAUGUCUUUUUAAAGCUAAAGAUACUUACUAAUAUACAGUUAUGUACUACAUUAUUGUCUCACUGCCUACCCAUGACUGCCAAAUUCAGGAGCAGUAACUGGAUUCGAGACCUCUGCCCUAAAUGAUUCUAUUUGGAUAGCAUGCACAGAAAGCUGAAAUCUGAUUAUAACUUCAUAGAGUUCAUCUCACUUGUCAUAUUUGAUUGAGCUCAUGGCUAGAGCCCUGGGGCUUUCUCUGUAUUUCUGUAAUUUUGUAAUGAUUGAGAGUACUCAUCUGAAAAAAACUAGGCCACAUUAGCCUGUGGAAUACUAUUUAUUACAGUUACUCCAAUUUCUAUAUUUAUAUGCUACAGAAAUAUGUACGUAUAUACAUAUUUAGGUGUUGACAUAUAUGAAUGUAUUAUAAACUGUAUAUGUACAAGUACAGUAUGUAUUAAUAAGCAAAUAUCUAACUUAUUGUAGCCAGGAUUGACAAUGUUAUUAUAUACUCCCCAUAAAUAAAUUAUUUACAUUUUCAAAGGUCAUGUAGAGCUGUAGAGCAUUCUAGAGUUAUUUUAAAUGAUUUUAGUAGCGUUCACCAGUACGUUUCCCAACUGAAUUUUGUAGCAGCCCAUAUUUCCACCCUCCUCACCUAAUGUUAAAGUAUCUAGCCAAUCAGAGACUUCUGAAGCAGAUUAUGAUUGGCCUAGGCUAUGCGAGAGACUUUCAGAUUCUCCCUAAGCAGGUUGUUGACCACUGGUUUAUUGUUUCUUAAAUGUCCUUAAACCGCCAUUUAAAGAAAAAUUAAAAUUGAUUAUGGUCCUGUUUUCUUACUUUAGUCAUAACGAUUAUAUCCGAGAGGGCCAAAGUCUGUCUUUACAGCUAACACUGUCACAGGCUACCUCACAACACCACCAUUAGCUGCUCAUGUAGUGUUUAGUAGUCCAUUAUCAUGUCUUUGUAAAAAUAAUAAUAAGAAUGAUAUAAAAAAAAAAAUAACACUGAUAUGUAUUUAAAACAUACAAACUAUAAACAUUCCUAUAUUGUAAUCUGGAGACCUAGGCUUUGUAAAACCUAACCUACUGUAGUUUUUGAGACCUGUGUGCCAAUACAAGAAACAUACAGUGAACCAGUGAGAAUUGUGCUAAGCAAAGUUAUGAUUAUGAAAAAGCUUUCCCUUCAGUUUCUCUGCUUUAUCUUAAUGUGAACAUGUUGAAAUCCCCCUAGUCUAAAGAGCAGAAUGUAGGAUUUUUCUGAAAGUCCUUCACUAUCUAAAGAAGUACUUAGAGUUCUUCUGGAAGAAAAAGGUAAUAAAAAUGAAUAAUGUCUAAAAUGAAUAGUGUUUUAUUAAUGUUCAUUUCUCUUCACUGGAAAAUGUGGAGAAGACGCACUGCUUGUUGCUUGUGAGCUCCUGAUGGUGUACUAUUUUAAGUAAUUUAAUUAGUGGAGAGAAACACUGCCACCUGCUGUUGGCAAACCCCAGUGGUUUGUACAGAAUGUCCUGCUAGGACUGUUGAUUAGUCAUUUUUAAAAUGGAAUUGUAUUUUAAAAUGUGUAAAGCUGAUGAUGGUCUACUGUAUGGCUUAAUGAUGUCAAUAGUACUAUAACAGUAAUUGCAAUGCUGCUUGAUCAAUUUGUAUUUAUGUCCCAUUUAUAUCAUGUUUUAUUGUUUUUUUACUUAUAAGGAUGCUAUGAAAUCACUUCCUUAGAUGGUCUGUGUAAACCAAACUAAGAUGCAGUGCUACGAUGCUAUGUGUAAAGAGCUUACUUGAUUGUCUUAUUUGUGGUCUGCUCUGAUCCUUGCUACUGAAUCCAGAGUUAAUAUGUUAUACAUCAGCACAAGUGUAAGUGUUAAGUAUUCUGUCUGUGCUUUUGCAUCUUUUUAGAUUCUAACCCAACUGACGCAUCCACACAACACACAAACUUGCACACACAUCCACAAACACAUAGUGGAGUACAUGCAUUUGUUUGUUUUCCAUAUGCUACCUAUUGUGCCAGAAUGGUUGUGCUAUUAUUUUAAUGCAUCAAAUGAAAGACUCCACCAGUAUAUUAUAAUACAACAGCACUAAGGUUAUAUAUACUUUAAGUUAAAGUUACAGGUAAUUUACCCUUGUCUUUAGGUGGGUUUGGCACACAUUUCCACACUGCCAAAUUGUUGACACAUUCAGAGCGAGGCACACUGCAAUCUAGGGCAACACUUUACUGUAGGACAGUGUCCAUAAAGCUAUAUGACACAUUCAUGUCAGUUUAUAUACACUUUUUAUGAUAUUAGGUUGUGUCAUUACACUUUCUGGGAUAAAAUGACAUAGCACUUUUGCUAUGUCAUGACACAACUUUGUAACUCCACGUACACUAUGUGGCCAAAAGUAUGUGGACACCGGAUUAUCACACCUGUUUAAGAUUUUGGCUGUUUCAUUCCUGGACCAUGGGCACGGAUAUGGAGUCCCAUGCAUGGCUGUGUCCUUGAUUUUCACCAAGUAGGAAUGGGUGUGACUGAAACACAUGGAUUAAUUAAUUAAGGGAGGUGUGCACAUAUGUUUGGCCAUACAGUGUUUGUCACAGUUACACAUUAUCUAGCAUUUUGUAGCCUUACUACAGCAUUUUGUCACUGUACUAUACAAUCAGCUACAUGUUUUUCACCCAAGAACAUGCCAUGACACAGCCAGAUGUCAGAAAAACCAGUCACCUGACAAAAGUGUCAUGUCAACAUGACAACAGAGUUGAUAAAAGCAGCCUUUAUGACAGAUGAUCCCUAUUGAAAUGAGGUUUUGUAAAUACUUUUGUAGGUCUCUGUCAGUGGUGAGCUUAUGUAGGUGUCAUUUGAACACUGCCCUCCAGCAAGUGUUACCCAAGCUGUUUAGUUCAGUUUAUGUUACAGGCCAUACAUAUUAAGUUUUAUUUGAACCUUGGAGUAACACACUGUAGAAAAGGACACAGCAUGUGCUCUCCUGUCAUCCCACCAUAAAGCCUUACUCUGAAGACUGAUUAUAUUUUUUGAUUUAUGUAAUCACUCCACGAAGCAAAGCUUACAGCUCCUUACAGACACUGUUUGUUGAAGUGCACUUGAUUUCAAAUGGCAAUGUUAUUUUUCUUAUCUUGGGAAGAUAUGUUUCUUUUUUGUUGUUCUAAUGUUGAACAAUAAAUGGCUGAAAUUAAAA